ACAGAGUCUGAUAUAACUUCUACUAAUGUCACAACUGAAACGAUAUCACCAACUGAUACUGAAGCAACAACAGAGUCUGAUAAAACAGCUACUAGUGUCACAACUGAAACGAUAUCUCCAACUGAUACUGAAGCAAUAACAGAGGCUGAUAUAACUGCUUCUGAAGUCACAACAGAGGCGGUAUCACCAACUGAUACUGAAGCUACAACAGAGUCUGAUAUAACUUCUACUAGUGUCACAACUGAAACGAUAUCACCAACUGAUACUGAAGCAACAACAGAGUCUGAUAAAACAGCUACUAGUGUCACAACUGAAACGAUAUCUCCAACUGAUACUGAAGCAAUAACAGAGUCUGAUAUAACAGCUACUAAUGUCACAUCAGAGCCAGUAUCUUUGCCUGAUACUGAAGCUACAACAGAGUCUGAUAUAACAGCUACUAGUGUCACAACUG